AAUCACGUGUGUGAUGUCUGUGCGUUCCAUUUAAAUAUAGAAGAAUGAAUAUACGUUGUAAAAACUGGGCGCUAAAAGCUUAAUGAUUCACAGAGCGUAAUAGCGCGGUGACAGAUGGAUUUUUUUGAAAUGUCACAAACAUAACCUCAUGUUUCGGCGAAAAUAUGAAAUUAUUCAAUACAUAGGACUCUUGUAGACAACACGAUUAAUAAAGUACCGUUCAUAUAACGCGACUGGUAAAAUAAUGUAUUGUAUACGUUUUAAUGGAUAAGCAUUUUAUUCGGCGUGAGGAAACAGUAAAUAGAAAAUAAAAUGUGCGACAAGCAUGUCAUCGGUUAUUGGAUAUCCGAAAAGAAACGACAGAAGUUCAAUUGGAAUGAUUUUUAUAAUCUCUGUGAAUCCGAAGGUUUUCAGUUAAAGAUGAUUGAUGUAAACACUGAUCUUGAAUCUCAGGGACCAUUUCAUGUUUUUAUACAUAAACUGACGCAUAAUCUAGCGCAUGCAGAACAUGGUGAUCAAAAUGCCAAAACAGUUAUUUCAAAAAUAGAAGAGUACUUCUGCCAGCAUCCUGAAAUAAUAGUUAUUGACCCUUUGGACAAUAUUAAGAUUUUAAUAGAUCGUUAUAAAUACUAUGAACUCAUAAAAGAACAUGUACAACUUAAUGAUGUAUUUACUCCAAAAUUUGUAGAAAUUACGAGUAAAAGUACUGUUGAGAAUAUAUCUCUGUUAAACAGGGCAAAUAUUAAGUUCCCAUUACUCUGCAAACCAGUUCUUGCUCAGGGUUUCAGUGACGCGCAUAAAAUGAUGAUAAUUUUCAAUGAACAGGGCUUGAGUGAUUGUCAGCCACCUUGCGUGGCACAAGAGUUUAUCAAUCAUAAUGCAAUUGUUUACAAAAUAUAUGUAGUUGGCGAACAUUUUCAUGUAGAGGAGAGACCAAGUUUCAAGAAUUUUUAUGAAGAAGACUGUACUUCGUUAAACACAAUAUUUUUCAACUCGAUGAAUAUAUUUAAGAGUGGUUCUGAAUCGAAAUGGUCCAUCUUAUCGGAAGCAGACAUUCCAUUAACAGUAAAACCGGAACAUGAAACAUUAGAGAAGAUUGUCAAAAACAUCACAGAACUUUUCGGACUACGUUUAUUUGGUGUUGAUGUUGUUAUCGAAAAUCAUACUGGAAAAUAUGCGAUUAUAGAUGUAAACGUAUUUCCGGGAUACGUUGGUUAUCCAAACUUCUUUGAACAGUUACUAGAAUGCAUUAGGAAAUUGUUAGUCGAGCAAACCAAUUCGCGACAAGAUUCUAAAAGCUAUACAUUAAAAAAGUGUUUAAGCGAUGAUCUAGAUUCUGGUUUUGAAAGUGGAAAAAAGAAAUAUUCUACAAAGACAAAUAAAUAA